AUGCUAAACUCUCCCCUCAUUAUCUCUUUUCUUUUUAUGCUGACGCAAUUCCUUUUUGGGAUUCUUGCAAAUAGCAUCAUAGUGGUGGUGAAUGGCAUUGGGCUGGUCAAGUGGAAGAGAAUGCCUCCCCUGGAUCUCCUUCUUUCUUGCCUGGCGCUUUCUAGAAUUUGUCUGCAGGGAACCAUCUUGCAUUUUUGUCUAACUGUACUAUCUUUGACAGAGGUUUUUAGGUUUUCUCGGAAUUUUGUGGCCUACCUGUUUGUAAGUGAAUCAGAACUCUGGCUUGCCACGUGGCUGGGUGUUUUCUACUGUGCCAAGAUCGCCAACAUUUCUCAUCCUUUCUUCUUCUGGUUGAAGAUGAGGAUAACCAAGCUGGUGCCAUGGCUGAUCCUGGGCUCUCUGUUCUAUGCAUCUGCCACUUGUGUUUUGCACAGCAACUACCAAUGGAUUAUUGCCCAAAACUUCUCAGUGACCUUUGUCUUCAAAAAUACAGUAGCUCAAAUGAAAGAAAAAUUCGCUUUACAGUUUUUCUUGCUGAUUGUUGAGGUCUCCAUACCGUUAUUUAUCUUCCUUGCUGCGGGUCUCCUGCUGGUUUUUUCCCUGGGGAGACACACCCAGCAGAUGAGAAACAGGGCUGCAGGCGCCGGGGACACUCACAGGUAUGCCAGCGUCCAGGCGAUGCUGUCCAUCCUGUCCUUCCUCAUCCUCUACUUCUCCCACUUCAUAGCGAUUGCCUUGCUCACUCUUGAAAAUUUUCAGUAUGGAAGCUUAAAUAUUCUGUUCUUCAUCCUGAUGUUUGGUACCUACCCCUCUGCACACUCUAUCAUCUUAAUUUUAGGAAAUCCUAAACUAAAACAAAAUGCAAAGAAGUUCUUCCUUCACAGUAAGUGCUGUCAGUGA